GCUUUAAUGAUUUAUUGAGUUCAAGUGUCGUAAUAUUUACUCGUGAAAUGGCUCAAACUACUAAGCGAAUAAAAGAUCAGUUAGUCAGGAAAGAAGGGAAAUAUUACUUCCCCUUUUUUCUCUAA